ACCAGGCGAAGGGGGGUGCAAAGGUGUGGGGGGGGGGCGGUAUGCGGCGGAGGAAAGGCCAGGGGAGCUGGCCGCCCUGAGAGCUGCCGGGGCACUUAGCCACAGAGGCGGGCGGCCGCAGAAGAGGGGCGGCACCCGCUGCAGGGGCUCAAGGGCCCAGGCCUCCCCGAAUCCCGGGGGCUCUCCCUUUCUGGCUGGGAGUGGAAUGGAGUCCCUCCUACCUAGAGAUCUCAAAGCAGGGACGGGAAGACUGCCGGCGGGCACCAGCAGGGUUGGUGGGACAGCGCGGGUGAGGGUACCAGGAUCGAGAGAGCGCGAUGAGCAAUCAUUCGACCCCGCCCUUCGACCCUCGCUUUCCCUACCAGAACCAGACCCGCAACUGCUACCAGAACUUCCGGGACUUUCACCGCUGUACCAAGAUCAUGAAGAGGCGGGGCAAGGACUCGAGCCCCUGCGACUACUACCGCAAGGUCUACCACUCCCUGUGCCCGCUCAGCUGGUUGAGCAGGGAAGGGGCGGGGCUGCGGAGGGGCGGGCCCAGGUUCUGGAGGGCCGCCUGCCUCAGUCCCUGCCUGCCUCCCCGUAGCUGCAGCGCUGGACGGACCAGAUCCGGGAGGGGACGUUCCCCGGGAAGAUCUGAGGGGCCCCCCGAAAAAUCCUCGCAGCCGGCAGGCUUAACAAGAAGACUUUUAUUAAAAAACUAGUUGCAAACUGCCCGUCACCCAGUGUCCGCAAUCCCUGGGACCGGGGUGGGGAGGCCGAGGGCCCCGGCUGGCUGUGCUGGCCCCCGCUCCCCUCACUCCCCGGGAGGCACCGGAGCUAUAGCACCAUGAGAAAGAUGAGGCGGGGCGGCCUCCCUGAGAGCCAGGGGGGGGCGGCUGCGGGAGCCCCCUCCCCUCCCCCUUUAUGGCUUUCCCCCUGGGGGGGCCUGGGUGCCACUGAGGCAGGAGGUAAAAGUCUAGAACCAUCCUGAGGCUGAGGGAGGGAUCCUUGCUGUCCCUCCCUGCUGGGUUGGGGUCUCCAGCCACCGGGUGGCGGCCGCCCCUUGCUAAGGUUAUCCCUGCCGCAUCAGUCGGGCGGGCGGCCGCGGCCCCCAUACCCCCCCCCCCCGAGAGGUCCCCGGGUAAGGGGAAGGAGGAUCGGGCUCCUUGUGAAAGGAUUGGGGAUCCCGAGCACAGGGGGAGGAGCAGCACCCUGAAAUCUAGCCCCCCCCCCCCCGCCCCACUUUGCUGGGACGCCUGCUGAAGCCUUCAGGGAACUAGCUGGGAGAGAAAGGAAGAGAAGCCCUGAAAGUCUGGCCCCAAGAGCUGGGCCGUAGGCACUCUCGAACCCGGAACAGGGUGUCCUGCACAAGCCUGACAGACUGGGGGACGGAGGGGGGAGUUGAGAGAGAGAGAGACAGCCCUGAGCGGAAGCCCAGCUUGGGUGCCCAGGUCCCAGGCGUGGGCCGGCUCCCUCCUACGUAGCUGUGGCUAUGCAAUGUUUUUAUGCCCUAAUACAUAGUCAAUUUUUGUGAAUGUACCAUGUGCUGCAGAAAAGAAGGUGUAUUCCUUUUUGUCCCUAUUUAUUUUUCUCUACAUGUCUACUAACUCUAAUUUUUCUAAGAUUUCAUUCACUUCUCUUACCUCUUUCUUAUUUAUUUUUUGGUUUGAUUUAUCUAGUUCGGAUAGAGGAAGGUUCAGCUUUCCCACAAGUAUGGUUUUUCUAUGUAUUUUGUCCUUGAGUUCCUCUAGUUUCUCCUUUAGAAAUUUGGAUGCAAUGCCAUUUGGUGCAUACAUGUUGAGUACAGAUAUUUCCUCACUGUCUAUACUGUCUUUUAUCAGGAUGUAAUUACCUUCCCUAUCUCUUUUAACUAGAUUUAUUUUUACCUUGGCUUUGUCCGAUAUUAUGAUUGUGACUCCUGCCUUCUUUUUGUCAGUUGAUGCCCAAUAGAUUUGGCUCCACCCUCUUACUUUCACCCUAUGUGUAUCUACCUUUCUCAUAUGUGUUUCUUGUAAACAGCAUAUGGUAGGGUUUUGGACUCUAAUCCACUCUGCUAUUCACUUGCGUUUUAUGGGUGAGUUCAUUCCAUUCACAUUCAGAGUUAUGAUCACUAGCUGUGUAUUUCCCAGCAUUUUGAUUUCUGCUCCUUUUCCUGCCUUUUCUUCUUUCAUUAUUUCCUUCUACACCAAUGUUUGCUUUUGAACAGUCCCCCUUGUUCCCACCCUUAUUUUACUUCCCUUUCUACCCCCUCUCUAUUUAUCCCCCCUAUUUUCCCUGUAGUCUUUCUAAAAUUAACCCCCCUCUCCCUCCCUCUCUUGUACUGUUUCCCUCCCCAUCAGACCGUUUGUUACUUUUCUACUACCCUAUAGGGUGCAAAUCUAUUCUCUGCCCUCAAUGGAUUGGAUUGUUUUUCCCUCUUUGAGUCACUUUCAAAGCAUGUAAAAGUUGAGUAUUUCCUGUCUCCGACCUCUUUACCCUUCCAGUGUAUUGAUGUUCUCCCCCCUCCCAACAUUAGCUUCUUUAUCACAUAUAAAUUUACCCCCAUUUGUUUCUUUUCCCAUUUCUUUUAAUAUUAACCUAUUUUAAGCUCUAGUUAAAUAUAUAUAUAUAUAUAUAUGUGCAUACUCAUGCAUACAUAUUUUGCAUGCAUAUAUCUAUAUACCUAUUUAUGUCUUGUCCUUUCAUCCUAUACAGUUUGUUGCAGUUCCCUCUAAGUACACUUUUUUUUUGCUGCCCAGGUAAUAACAACAGUUUUUAAGAGUUACCAAUGACCUCCUUUCUUAUAGGGAUUCAUAUCUAUUGAGUCUCUUAAAAAUUUUUUUUGUUUUUCUUUUUCCCCUUCUUUUUUAAUUACCUUUUGAUGAUUCUCUUGAGUUCUGUGCUUGGACAUCAAAUUUUCUGUUCAGGUCUGGUCAUUUCUUUACGAAUUCUUGAAAUUCUUCAAGUUUGUUGAAUGACCAUAGUUUCCCCUGUAAGAAUAUAGUCAGUUUUGCUGGGUAGUUGAUUCUUGGUUGUAGACCUAGUUCCCUUGCUUUCUGGAAUAUCGUAUUCCAUGCCUUUCUUUUUUUCAGUGUGGAUGCAGCCUAAUCCUGAGUUAUCUUCACUGUGGUUCCUUGGUAUCUGAAUGACUUCUUCUUGGCAGCUUGUAAUAUCUUUUCUUUGGUCUGAUAGUUCUUGAAUUUGGCUAUAACAUUCCUGGGUGUUGUCAGUUGAGGAUUAAGUACAGGAGGUGAUCUGUGGAUUCUAUCAAUCUCUCCUUUUCCCUCUUGUUCAAGGAUUUCAGGGCAGUUUUCUUUAAUAAUUUCCUGUAAUAUAAUGUCCAGGCUUUUUCUUUUGUCUUGGUCUUCUGGUAGGCCAAUGAUUCUUAAAUUGUCUCUUCUUGAACGAUUUUCUAAAUCCUCUGUUUUGUGAAUGAGAUGUUUCAUAUUUUCCUCAAUUUUUUCAUUCUUUUGGUUUUGUUUUAUAGUGUCCUGCUGCCUUGUGAGGUCACUUGAUUCUAGUUGUUGUAUUCUGGUUCUUAAAGACAGGAUUUCAUCCUUAGUUUUUUGGUCAUCCUUUUCCCUUUGGUCGGAUUUUCUUUGGAGGUCAUCUUUCAUCUUCUUCACCUCAUCUUUCAUCUGCUUUGCCUCAUCUUUCAUCUCCUUUGCCUAAUUUUCCAGCUGGUUGAUUUUGGCAUUCAAGACACUAUUUUCUGUUUCCAGAUGACUUAUCUUAGUUUUUAAGUUUUGUUUUUUCCCAAUUGUCUUCAGCCUCUCUUAAUUGUGUUUUGAAUUGCAUUUUGAGUUCUUCCAAAGCCUGUAUCCAAUUCGCUGGGACUUCUGAUUUUUCCUUUGCUGAUCCCUCCCCCUCUGUUUAGUUCGCUCUUUGCUCAUUACCUGUGCAGAAGCUGUCUAUUGUAAUUUCUUUCUUCUUUUUCUGUUGUUUGCUCGAGUUUACCCCUUCUUUGCUCCCCGCAUUUGUCUGUGCUCUUGCUCCUCUCAUUUUGUUUUCGUUUUGGUGGUGUCAGUCUCCCCUCUUGGAGCUUUGUCAGAUCUCUUGGUACAGUCUCUUGGGGAGGAAUGUUAGCUUCCCUGUCCUCUGGAGGCUUUUGAUUGGAUUGAGUUCGACUGGGUUGGGCUGUAUGUGGUAUGAAGCUCUGAGGCUCUGAAGAGCUCCAGGAUGAAGGCUGGGCUGCCCAGGCUCUCUCCAGUUCUCUCCAGCUGCUUCACCAGUGUCCGCAAGUGCCUUUGCCCACCUCCCUAAACUCUGAGGAGUUCUGAUGCGAUUAUAUUCAACUGGAUUGGUCUGGAUGUGCCCCAAGGCAACGGUGACACUGGAGCCUGAUGGAGGGACCCAACCACGGCCCGGUCUCUCCCUGGCUUCCUCACCACUGUCCCCACUGGAUGCUCUGAGCUCGGCACCCCGCUGCUCACAAAGUAGACCCUCCAAAGCAGCACCUUUGCCCGCUCAGAGGUUCCCGCUGCUGCUGGGGGCUCAGCCCUCUGGGUUGUGGGGGAGGGGUCCUGGGACCUUCCCUCUGCCUUCCCCUUAGCCCCAAGUAUUCUCACAUUCCUGCCUUUGAGGGGUGUACCUUUUGAUUUGAGUGCAGAAGGAGGGUUCCCUGCUUCUGUCCUGUUGUUCAGCUUGAAUUUUGGUGCCCUGGGAGCAUUCAGUCUGUAUCGGAUAAGGAAGGGUCUUCCACGAGGUCUGAACUUUUGCUGCUUGCUAAGCCACCAUCUUGACUCCACCUCCAGACCCAAUUUCUUCAGGAUCAAAAACCAGCUGGUAAAAAUGGGGGUGUUCUUUCCUUAGCCUCCCCCUGCCAAGGGGCAGGGGACAGGGGAUCACAGAGGGGUAGAAUGAAGAGAAGGUAGAGACUUUUCCAAACAGAAACUUACCAGCAUGGCUGCUUUAAAAGGAUAACUUUUGACUGUAUUGUUUCACUUUACUCACCUGGGACUCGAGAAAAAUUUAUCUCCCUGCAAUUCUUUGGCCAAAAUUUAGAUUCCUAAAAUCCACCCUCACUCUGGGGAGGCAGAUCAGCAACUCAGUGGAUUGAGAGCCAGGCCUAGAGAAGGGAGGUCCUGGCUUAAAAUUUGGCCUCAGACACUUCCUGACUGUAUGACCCUGGGCAAGUCACUUAACCCCCAUUGCCUACCCCAUACCAAUCUUCUGCCUUCUGACAAUAGACAUCUAAAUGGAUAAUUAAUUUUGAAAAAAAAGGAACUUUAAAGAUACUGGAGGUUAUAUAUUUUAAGCAUUUCAGACUCCAAUGUUUUAUAAAAAUACCUGUAUUUUAUUGUAUUUUACUGAUGGUUUUGUUUAAGAUUUAAUUUUGUUGGGUUUAAGUUCAUGUAUUAAUGCAUUCAAUACUAUUCUGUUACACUGAAUCAUUUUAAUGUACUUGGUUUUAACUGCUGUUAUAUUUUGUUGCUUUUCACCUGUAACUACACUGAACAAACAUUAUUGAAUAAGCCCAUAUAAAAACAGUUUUUCUGUUUUGACUUUGUAAAUUAUCACAUAGAGGAUAGAUAGAAUCCAUAAGAACAUUGCUAAAAUUGUAUAACAACCGUUGGAAAAUUUAAUGAGCUAAAUAUCUCAAAUUUAUUUUAAGGGGUCUUUAGACAUGAUUUUUAGAAUUUUUUUAAAAAUCCCUGGUCAUUUUGCUGUCAGGUAAUAUUUUCGUAGCUGAAGUGAAAUGCAAAUUAUAACCCCCACCUCCCACAUUGGAUGGGACAUCACAGUCUCAUAUCAGAGGAGAUGGGAAGUUAAUCCCAGGGCAUUGUACCCCCUAGAAGACCCCCAAAAAGGAGCAUCUCUCAGUUAUAUCUCUUCAGCUUACUUUACCCAACAUCAACAGUACAGAGUUUGGGUUUUUUUUUUCCUAGACUUCUCUGCCACAUUUUUGUAAUGAUAUCUAGAUUUCUUGAUGAGGUUCUAAAGCCAAAAUAAGUUUUACUUUGUUUAAAAAUAUGUUUGCCAAGGUUCAAAGAUUUGCUAUGUUUGUAAAAAUUGUGACAAAUAUCCAUCAGUUCAUAGGCUUUUAAAAAUGCCAUAGAGCAACUCAUGUGAAAUAUGAUAUGUAAAGGGUGAAAUUAUGUUUGAGACUGAAAAAAUCUAAAUUUAAGUGGUCGCCAAGGGAAAUCCCAAAUAAUAAAAUAAACAAGUCAUCUGCCAAA